UCCAACUACGAUCUAUUCUUGUUUUAAUUGUUAGUGAAGUAAUAUACGUUCUGUAAAAUAACAAAAUGCCACGUUUAAGCUUAGACACAAAUUUACCAGCCUCAAAAAUUCCAGAGGAUUUUUUGGGCACAUGCACUAGUCUUCUUUCUAAAAAUCUAGGGAAAAGACAAUCAUAUUGCGUAGCAACGGUGAACCCGGGUGUAAAAAUGACACUUGGUGGGUCCAAUGAUCCCUGUGGAUUUAUUCAAAUAACAAGCAUUGGGAGUUUGGGACCAGAAGAGAAUCCCAAACACAUGGAAGUUAUAACUGACUAUAUGCAUCAAACUCUUGGAAUUCCGAAAGAGAGGCUUCUUAUAAAUUUACAAGCAAAUAUUCAAGCAACUACCGGUUAUCUUGGAACCACCUUCCAUGAACUAUUUACUGUUGAAAAAGGAAAACGACUUUAAAGAAAGAAAAUUUGUUUAUACUUUAAAUGGUUUUUUAAAAUAUUAUAUUAUUAUAUAUUAUUAUACAGUGUUAUUCACCAAUCAUGCCACCCCCUUUUAUGCUUUUAUAAUGCAACUAUUCAAAUUCUGAGUUUUGAAUUAUUUUAUAUAUGGACUAAAAGGGCAUAUAUUCACAGAUUUAUAUUUUUUAUACCAUUUAAGUAGUAUCUUGAGAAACUUUGUUUUUCAAAUGAUGACUUCCCUUUUUUUACUGUAAUUUUUCGAUAACGUCAAUUCAUUCGAAUCAAAAUUUGAACUACUAAGUAUAUUACCUUAAAAAUCCUGAAAAUCAAAAUCAUUACUAAAUAAGGGAGUUAGCGUACCUGGGUAGUUUACCUGUAUAUAUUUUUGAAAUAUUAGGAUAACUGUCUUUGCUUUUUAAAAAUCAUCAUAAUAUAAUAACGGGUGAUAUAUGUAUAUAUAAUAAUAUAAACUUAUAAUAUAUACAUUUUAAAAAACUCUUACUCAGCAUACUUGGAAUUUAUAAAAAUGAUAUACUACAAUUUAUGGUCGUAGCAGAUAUUAUAUAUGUAUUGAUCAUUGCUUAUGCCUUUUGUAUUACGUUUCAAAAUAUAAAAUAUAAACUAUUUGACAAGUUGAA